GUGUAUGUGUGCACUGUCUACUGUGUUUGGGCCACGACCUGCAGCUGUAGACAGAAGAGAAAAACGCAGCCAAUUGCCACCGUGGACGGCGGAGCUGCCUACCCGCCCCGGGGCCCGAGAUUCAAAGGUCGACAGCGGGUUGGAUUGGCCAGACUGGGGCAAAGGAUGAAAUCAAGGAGGAGAAGCUAAAAGCUGACUGGAGACUGAUGCAUACCUGAGACCUGAAGCACAACCUGUGUAACUAUGGUGCAGAACAGUAGGAAUCACCAGAAGCAGUGGAAAUUAUAAUGUUUUUCAGUGAAAAAUAUGUUUUGAACAGCUACUUCAGCCCCUCAUUUAUGGACACUUUAUUAUUAUGUAUGUUGGGAAGUUAAUAGCUGUUCAGUAAUCCACCACUAGAUGGCAAUACAGAGGUAGCCACCAUUUUCACAUUGUUCCUUAUGCAUAAGAGUUGCAUUUCGCUAGAGGAGGCGUGCUGGGGAUUUGCUGCCUGAUAGGAUCUGACAGAUAUGAUCUAUCAAAACACUUUUGGUUUUGACUGCUGCAGUGUAGACUGAUGAGUCAAACGUGUACAGAUUUUUGCAUAGCGUCCUUAUUGUGUCCCCUCCCUGCUCAAUUCAUGUUGUUGACUAUAUCUCCGGUUUCAGUUGACAAAAAAAUCUAUGCAAAUGGCUUAUGAUGCCAAAUCUCAUUUGAGAGUGUGUGCUAAAGCUGAGAUUAGGGUGUCACCUGCUUUCGCAUGUGAGAAGUCUCCACCUAAGCCAUUUUGAUAAUUGUUUGAAACCCAUGUAAAAAGCUUCCUAAAGGUUCUAGUUUCUUUUUUUCUGGGAAACUGCUGUGGUGAAAUGAGAGAGGGAGAGAGUUUCAUUUCUCUGGAAACUGCUGUGGUGAAGAGAGAGAGGGAGAGAGUUUCAUUUCCCUGGAAAUUCCUGUGUUGGACAGAGGAAAAGAGAGGGAGAGGUACCAAGCACACACAAGUACAGACGUACUGUGACCUGGAAGAUAAAGAAAAGCACAAGAAGACUGUAUGUUUUAAAUUCAGGUUUGACCUGUGUUUCCUGGUAUUUUUUCUCUACAUCAAGAUGGGUUUGAGAGUACUUGAAGACUUCAGCUCUCCAGUUGUCAGUGACCUGAGGAUUGUCCUGCUGGGGAAGACUGGAUCAGGAAAGAGUGAAACAGGAAACACCAUCCUGGGUCGAAAAGUGUUUGAGACAAAGGACAUCUCUCUGUCAUCUGUGACGAUUCACUGCAAAAAAGAAACAGGACACUUUGAUCAAAGAACUGUGAGCGUCAUCGACACUCCCGGGGUCUUUGACACAUCGAUGACAGAGGUGCAGUUUAAAAGUGAAAUAGAGAACUGUAUCAUGCUGUCUCUCCCAGGACCCCAUAUAUUCCUGCUAGUGAUCAGACUAGAUACACGGUUCACAGACGAGGAGAAGAAAGCUGUCAAAUGGAUCAAGGACAACUUUGGUGAGGAAGCCUCCAAGUAUACGAUGGUGCUUUUCACCAGGGGUGAUGCACUCAGAGGAAAACCAGUUGAGGAAUAUUUAGCCCAAAGCCCUGAACUCAGGGAGGUCAUCAGUGACUGUCGAGCUGGGUACAUUGUGUUUGAAAACACAUGCAUGGGAGAUCGCACUCAGGUGGCUGAUCUCUUUGAGAACAUAGACAAGGUAGUGCAAUUACAUGGGAAUCAUUACACCAGCACCAUAUACGAAGAGGUGCAGAAAAAGAGGAAGUGGAAUGAAUGGUGGAGCAAGUGUGGUGACACUGUGAACGCUGCAAGUAAUUAUUUGUUCGUGGCAGCAGCAGUUGCAGCUGCUCCUGUAGCUGGUGCCGCUGUAGCAGCAGAGGAAGUAGCAGCUGCUUCACUACGUUCAGCUUUCAUGCUUGCAGGUGCAGGGGCUGCUAAAGUCAUUGGUGGGUGGAUCAAACCGAAAACAAAGGACAACUAAAUCAUGUCAAGCCAUUUCCCUUUGACUGAAUGUCUGAUGUCAUUCCAUUUAUUGCCUUUGAGUACAAACACAUGACUACAGUACAAAUUCAUAUUUGACUUUUUUGUCAUGUUGAUUUAAGUGCAUUUCUUCAUUGCAUGACUGUGCAUUCAUACGUAUUAGUCACAGCGUGCCUGCUUUGAAUGAUAAAUGAACCUAUGCUGACAAAUCUUUUAAAUGUUGAUGCUCUACUCUCUUAACCUGAAUAUCACUUUAAGUGUAAAACACUAUUGGAGUUUUUUUUGGAUUGAUAUGUAAGAAUGAAAUAAAACAAUGUGACAACA